AUGGCUGCUGCGCAGUCAGUAGUACCCUCCAACGCAACGGACCACGCCAUGCCAUCCCCGAAUCAACAAAUCCACAUGAUACUGCGAAGUGAUGGAUGGGCGAUGCAUUUUCCGCUGGAGCCGCUAUCCACAGCUCCCAGAGAUCCUGCGAUUAACCUAGAGGGGGCUUUCAAGUUCACCAACGCGCAAACGGUAGAGAACGUUACCGCUGGCGACAUCACCUACAUCAGCUGCGACAUCUCUGCAUACAAUGGCGACGCCACUGGAGCCGCGCGAACUCUCGGCAGGGCCGUCGACAGCGGGGCAGUAGCCGCGGUCCUGUAUAGCAACACCUCAGACUUCUGCACGUACACUGCCGGACCGCUUGUGAGGGGAGGCUUCCAUCACGUCUUCUCCAUGACGAACAGUAGCGCCGCUACAUCGAUCCUUGCGCAGCUGCAGGGACCGAGUACGGGACCUAGCGGGCAUUUAAGGGCACAAAUCGGACAGAGGUCGAAUGGGUCAAAUGGGUCAAAUGGGUCAAAUGGGUCAGGGAAUACGACCAGCAACCAACAACAGAGUGACAAUCCCCUGGGCCGAUCGCCGUCGACCGCUGUUGCAAUGAUCAUAUUGUACAGCAUCACAGGUGUUAUCACGGGGCUGUUUCUAUUGAUCAUCGUCACUGGAGCUGUGAGGGCGCAUCGGCAUCCGGAGCGCUACGGGCCACGCGACGUACUCGGCCGGCCGCGUCAAAGUAGAGCGAAAGGACUAGCGCGGGCGAUGCUGGACACGAUCCCCAUCGUCAAAUUUGGCGAGAGACUACCACCAAAACCCUCGGAUGUCGAGCUCGCAGAAUCUGCACGCGCCAACUCCGACCCACCGGCUGCAACAGCAACUGCGGCAACAACAGAGCAGAAUGCCGCUUCAGAUAACACAGCUGCAGCUACUGUACCGCGUACUGAAGAGGACACAAACGCAAUCACGCCCGCCGUUGUUCCAGCGCCAACUCAAGCCCAGGACAUCGUACCAGACGAUUACAAUACUUGCUCCAUCUGCACCGACGACUUCGAGCUCGGCCAAGACAUCCGCGUCCUCCCCUGCAACCACACCUUCCACCCCGCCUGCGUCGACCCGUGGCUCCUAAACGUGUCCGGCACAUGUCCCCUCUGUCGCAUCAACUUGCACCCCACUGCCUCGAACAGCUCCGACCAACCCGCCAAUGGCGCCGACGCCUCAAACCCCAACGCUACCACCGAGCUCCCGCCACCUAUAGACAAUCACCCCCGCAGAGCGAGCACUAUCAGAGAGUUCCUAAAUAUGCGGAACACGCCUGUCAACACGCCGCCGGAGGAGCUCGUGGCGGCGCUGAACAGGCUAAGGGAGGCGCAGAGGGCACAUGGGCCUGCGCAGGAUGAGGCGGCGCGGAGAAGAAUGAGGAGGCUGUCCAGCAAUGUGAGGGAGACGUUCGGUAUCCGGACGCGGAGAAAUGGGAGUGUUGCUGCCACGGUGGCCGAAAACCAGGCUGGCGAGGACCCGGGCCGGGGCGCGAGCGUGGCUGCGGGUGCUGGUACCAGCGCUGGUACUGCUGGUGGGGCAGAACAAGAGCAGCGGGAAGGCGCUGAUGGGAGAAGGGCGACGAUUGCUUGA